AUGGCUGACGGCAUUCAAAACUAUGGUUUAGUUAGGAAGAGUGCUGGUCACGCAGUACUACAGCCUCUUCCUCUUCCACGGCUACCGGAUGACUAUGUAUUGAUUAGAGUAGUCACUGUCGCCAUUAAUCCAACUGACUGGACGACUCUCGAGGCUACUGGCGAUAACGGCACACUUGUUGGGUGUGAUUGGGCGGGCAUCGUGGAAAAGAUAGGCCCAGCUGUCACCAAAGAGCUUCGAAUAGGCGAUCGCGUUGCGGGAUGCGCUCAUGGAGGUAACGACGCCAACCCAGAGACCGGAGCAUUCGCCCGGUACAUCAUCAACAAGGGUGACCUCGUUGUACGCAUACCUGAUGCCGUGACUUGGGAACAGGCAGCAACUGUAGGAGUUGCACUUUGUACUGUGGGAUUGGCGUUAUACCACUUUCUGAAAUUGCCUCUGCCUGGCACAGAUGAGAAGCCAAAACCGGAAAGCAAGAGUGCUGCUCCAAUCUUCAUCUAUGGAGGAAGUACAGCCACCGGCACUAUUGCUAUUCAAUUCGCAAAGUUAUCUGGAAGAAAAGUACUCACGACUUGCUCGACUAAAAACUCGAAACUCGUCACAGACCGUGGCGCCGAUGUUGUCUAUGACUACCAUAAUCCGAAGGUCGGGGAACAAGUCCGGGCUGAUACUCAAAACCAACUGACGCAAGUCCUUGACACGGUCGCUAUCGAAUCAACAGCGGCUAUCUGUGCCGACGCAAUCAGCACAGAGGGGGGCACUUAUGUCAAUUUACUUGGCAUCGAAAUCCCUCGACUAAACGUCGGGUCCAUCUUCUUCCUGGGCUACAGUGUCUCAGGCGAGAGCUAUAUAUUUGAAGGCGAGAGAUGGCCGGCAGAACCGACCUACUAUGCUUUUGGCAAAGAGUUUCUUGGUAUUGCAGAGAAGCUCUGGUCGGAAGGUAAAUGGAAGCCACACCCAGAGCGUGUAGGGCCGGAUGGAUUGCUUGGCGCCAUUGCUGGGAUGAAGGAGAUGAAGGAGGGAAAAGUCAGUGGAGAGAAGCUAGUAUACCGCAUUGACGAGACUGUAUGGCCAUGA